CCAAUACCCCACAACUCGAGCAGCGUCCCAACUCACUCAGUCUCUGCUUGCCAAACACAAAGAAAACAAACCUGUUUGUCUGACUGUUACCUACCCGGAAACUCAUCUAAGAAAAAGAGAGAGAAUGUCUGCAGCUGAGUUCCUGCCCUUAACCAACCUAGUAUAAGUGGCUCUUCAAAAUUUACAACAGAGAUAUAAUUAAACAGACUGACAGAAGCUGCGCGGAUGGGAGAGAUAAUGCCUGAGAAAGACCACUAGUGUCAGAAUGGGUGGAGAGAUCGUGGGACCGGGUGACUGGUAUUUCAAUGGCAAUGGUGACAAAAGUCUAUCAUCGCUUCAUAGCACCUGAUCUGACUUGUGGAACUUAACUUGGACUGCACAAGAUUUUUUGACAGAAAAUUAAUUUCAUUAAUCAACAGUAUUUUGGGGUUCCGAUAAAAACAUAAAUCUGGUUUAUCAUGAACAUCUGCAUGACCUACACUUCUGUAACUGUGUGAAGGAAAUGAGUAACAUCAACGCCAUCUAAAGUUGGCUUAAAGACGAUUCAGACACAUUCGAGCCAGGCUGGCUCCACGUGUGGUUCACUGGAUACAUGAGGCUGGUCUAUGCACUGACUACACUUUUUGUGUUGAACAUCAAUAAUGGCAACAGCUAGAAGUUCAGGGACCACAGGCCGUAGCUUAAUUCCUGACUCUUCCAAUUCUGCAUCCCAGUCCCCCACAAAUGCAGACCGCAAAAUGCUGGAUAAGGUUCUUAAGAGAUUGGAGAAACUGCAUAAAUUGUGCACUGACCCGAGACUGGGUCUGAAAAAUAGCCCGCCAUACCUCCCUGAGCUAGUGUCGGAGACCGCAAGCCACCUAACAGAGGUAUGGGCGCACUACAGGGGACCCAUGAUGGCCGUGCCACGAGGGGAUGAGGGAGAAUAUCUACGGAUCCAUAUUAAACACUUGCUGGACAAGGCGGAGAGAGCUGUGCUGCUUUUCAAGAAUGGCAGGGAGAAGAUGUAUGAAGAAACUUCAAGUUACAGGAGAAAUCUUACUAAGCUGUCGCUCCUCUUCAGCCACAUGUUGACUGAGCUGAGAUCAUUGUUUCCUGGGGGGCGUUUUCAGGGUGAUAACUUUAGACUUACAAAGACAGAGGCCAAAGACUUCUGGAUGAACGCCUUUGGACAUAAAUGUAUAGUGCAGUGGAACAUUUUUAAACUGGAGCUAAAGAAGGUUCACUACUUUGAAGAGGGGAUGGAAGCUAUGGCUUUGAAGUCCACACUUGAUCUCACUUGUAACGAUCACGUAUCCAUCUUUGAGUUUGAUAUUUUCACCAGGCUUUUUCAGCCCUGGCCAACUUUGCUAAAGAACUGGAAUCAGCUGGCGGUAACUCACCCUGGAUACAUGGCAUUUCUCACCUAUGAUCAGGUCAGGGCUCGACUAGAGCACUACAGACAUCGUCCUGGCAGCUACAUUUUUCGUCUCAGUUGCACACAAAUGGGUCAGUGGGCAAUUGGUCACGUGACCUAUGAUGGCAACAUCGUUCAAACCAUUCCUCAGAACACACCUCUGUUCCAGGCACUUAUAAAAGGUUUUAGGGAAGGCUGCUACUUAUACCCUGAUGGGCGUGAUGUGAACCCUGACCUUACCAGCCUGUGCAGUCCAGCUCAAAAGGGUCGAGUUAAAGUUACAGAGGAACAGUAUGAGUUAUACUGUGAGAUUGGCAGCACCUUUCAGCUGUGCAAAAUCUGUACAGAACGAGACAAAGACAUAUGCAUUCAACCAUGUGGACAUCUGCUUUGCCAGCCUUGCCUGACUGGAUGGCUGAAGUCUGAUGGACACACAUGCCCUUACUGCCGCUGUGACAUCAGAGGCACAAAGUCUAUAUUUAUUGAGCCCUACACACCAACGACAGACGGGAAGGCGGAGCAAAGUGAGGAAGAGGAAGAAGAUGAUGAUCAUGAGGACGUAGGGCUAGUGAUGAAAAAACUGGCUGCUAUGAAAAAGAGAGGAGCCCCAAAAAGCAUGUCACAGGACGAGUACCAGGUUCCCAGCUCCAGCCUUUCACCUCCUCCCCUUCCUCCAAAACACAACAUCCUGUCAACCUGUUAUUCUCCCACACCACGCUCCAAAUCCUUAGAGCCAGGCGCUGUGACCAUGGCUCUGUCCAGUUCGAAAAUCACACAUGGUUUCAGGACAGAAAACGCGCCAAAUCAAUCUACCUCCUCCACAGACAGAAGUGAGGAGUUGUCUGAACAAAUCUUUCCUUCGUCUUUACCGUCGAUAACACACAAUAGGGUGUCCUGGGAAGGUCCUUCAGAAAAUGUUAAAAAGAGGAUGAAACCAAAAAGAAAGGAGAAACAAGAAGAGGAUAAUAGUGGGGUGGAUUCAUUAUCUAUUUCAGCAACACAGCCAGAAAGAGAUUUUUCCUGACAUCAGAAAGGAGUGUAAAAUAUAAUGGCAAACACUGGAUUGUGUAUAUCAGAAACUUUAUAUAAAAUAUAUUGUAAACAAGAUUUUGUUGGAAUAGUACAUUUAAAUUUUUUUAACACAUUUUAAGUUCUACCUCAUAUCUACUAAAUCUAUAGAGCAAAUCACGUUGGUUUUUUGUUUGUUUGUUUAAAAGACUGCACAAUGAAAAGUAUUUUUCUAUAGUUUUUAAGACAGGUCAUUAAAAUGAUGAUUUGUGGAGUGUUACUUUUCUUAUUUAGGAUUAUAAAAAUAGCUUGGACAGUUCAAGAUAAAAUUGAUGCCAGAGAAUAGCAACAUAUGCAGUGUUAAGUUUAAACAAGCCUGCUCAUCUGUAGCGUAUUCUACAUCCAAUGACUAUUUUUGGUCAGUUUUGCUUUUAUUAAAAAUUACCUAUUAUUUUGCUUAAUUGUGGGAAAUCACAUUAUUGUAUAAGAAUAUAUCAUGAUUACAAGUCUAGUAUAUUCAAAGUUUAUUAAGAUUCAAGCACUUUUUAAGAAGUAAACAAGAUUGCCUCGAACACUGUUUCUUACUUCAAAACACUUCAUGAAACAGUUUAGAUACAUGGGCCACCGUGCAUUUGUGCAAAGAAUGUGAUUCUAAAAAGAAUGUGAUUCUGUGCUCUAAAUACCACCACACACAUACUGUUGCUAGGUUUAAACCUGAAUUUCAAGUCAUACAACUUCAUGCCCUGUUGAGAAUAGCCUACUUUAGUCCUGAUGUGCUAAAGUCUGUGUUCCAAAAUCAUUGCCAAACUUGGUUAAUGGUAAAAAUGUUUGUAAAUCUAUAUGGUUUUACUACUGACACGUUAAAGAUAAAAGACCAGAUUUUGUGCCUUUUCUGUACGUAGUACAAGCAUAAUGUGCCUAAGAAAUUUGUACAUGCAUUUUAAUAAAUUGUAUCUCCUUUUUCUUGGGUGGUAGAAUUGUACACUUGGGAAUUUGUGUCUUUUGAAACAUCAGCAAACUACUCAUCUUUGAAACAAAAAGAAUCACCUUAUAAACUU